CCCAUUUAUUAUAUUUUUAAAACGAGAUGCUUGCACUGCGUUGUGGCUUGGCUUUGAAUUCGAGUGCUGCUGCUGCUCCUACUGCUGCUAUCGCUUACUUGAGUCCGCAUCGAGGCCGAACUCACACCGUGUCAACCCGUACGGUUUACCCCGUAUUUCUAUACGGGGAAAUUGAGUUUGCAGGUCCAUGCGGCAUACAGCCGUUUCAAUACGGGCAAGGGAAAUAUUUCUCUGUAUUGCUUGUGUUUCUCCCUCGUUAACGGGACCUCGCGGGAUGAACGCCGCGAUUUAUAAGGGGCACGGGGUGACCAUUAAGGUCUGAAUUGGUCUGUGGAAAAGAUCGGGGCACUGAUAGGCUAUCUGAACCUGCAAGCCGAGCAGAAUUUGACGACGAUGCCGUCCUUGACGUCUUUCCUUUCGGGCCAAAAGGACCUCCUGCCCACCUUCGAAACGCUCAUCACGGGCGUGCUCAUACCCAUCGUGUCUAGCCUCACGGGUGUCUACUUUAACAUGCUCGCCUUCCGCUGUCCCUGCGCGCCCGCCGAGAAUGUCGAGUACGGCUGGAAAGCUUUGUUCAUCCCGUUCGCCAUCAUUCUCAUGGUGUCGUUCGCCAUCCAGCUGAGGUCGAUCGCGGUGGCGAACGGAUCCUUGUGCCGCGACUCCAAGUGCCCCCGCCUGUGCCUCUUCCCGUUCACGGCGUUCAUGAAGCACGGGGCCUUCGUAGUCGCGUCGCUCGCUUGGAUCGUCGUCGCCUACUUCCACGGCAGUGUGCCGAUCUGCAUCGAGGUCAUGAGCCUGGACUGGCGCUACCGCUUCUCGGUGCUCGCCCCGAGCCUCUCGCGCAUGAGCGAGGAGGAGAGACGCGGGGUGCUUGCCAAGGUGCCCUGCGCGAAUCAGGAUCCCCUGCAAGGACUCGUCGCCAACGGCACCAGCAAGGAGGUGCAGUUGGUUAUCGUCAACUUCCUCCACGCGACCGCUCAGGACACGGCAUGGCUAUUUCUGCUAGCCAUUACAGUCGACAUACUCCUCAUGCUCUCCGUCCAGAAGCUCAUCUUCAAGAAUAUCGCUCAGGAUCGGGACAAAUGCGUGCAGCGUGAGGAGCAGCCACUCAGAGAGAAGACGGAGGAGCUGCGGCCCUCUCCGCACCUGGGCAAGUCGAUGCCGGGGCGACCACCCCGGCCGAGAGGUGCAGAGGAGACUGAGAUGCCGCGGCUUCAGUGCAGCGGCAACGAGAGACAAGAACAGGACGAGCAAGGGAACCAACACAUGCCUUAAAUCCGGACGGCAAUGCUGCGGUGGAUGUGAGCAAUUCCAGGAAGGGGAAGGCCAAUUCCAAUUGGCGGUACCGCCCAUGGCGACUGUGGCCACCGCAGAGGUAAAAUUGGGGUCUCUAGAUGGGUGUAGUGGGCUGGUGAACCCUUCCAGCUUUAAUUCAACUACCACCAGACUACUUGCAAGAUAUCAAACUACGCUGGUACAGGAAACACCGUAAUGAUCAGCCACGGCAGAAGUAUUGGGGAUUGCCCUACUGAGGCUGUGGUGCCUCAAAUAUUGGAAGAAGAAGAAGUCACCACCUAUAUUAUAUUCUUAGCUCUUUCG